AUGCCUCCCAAAAGAGCUGCCGCGACAGCCGCGAGCGCUGCGACCAAAAAGACGGCGGUCGCUACCACCACCACCAAGAAGACCACUGCCACGACGGCUACUAAGAAGACUACUACUGCUGCGGCGACCAAGAAGACUGUCGCUACCACCAAGAAGGCUGCUGCCGCGCCCAAGAAGGCCGCCGCUGCUCCCAAGAAGGCCGCACCCAAGAAGGCCGCGCCCAAGAAGAAGACUGUCGCUGAGGUUGCCCCCGAGUCUGAUAAGGAAAACACGGAGGAGCCUGAGAAGAAGGUCGUUACCACCAAGAGAAAACGCACCCAGGAUGACGAGGAGCAAGCCCCAGUCGCGUCAAGUUCCGAGGACGAGAUUGCCCAGGAGCCUGUCGACGCGCAGGCGCAACCGGCCAAGAAGAGGAAGGUCGCCGCUCCUAAAGCUCCCGCUGCGAAGCGCCCUGCCCGCGUCCUGAAGGCCAUCAACGAGAAGCCCGAGCGUGUUCUCGACAUGUUUGUGUUUGGCGAGGGCACCGCUGGCGAGCUCGGUCUUGGCAGCGUCAAGGUGGACGGCAAGAAGCCCAUCGAUGUCAAGCGUCCCCGCCUGAACCCCAAUGUCUCCAAUGUUGUUCAGAUUGCUUGCGGUGGCAUGCACGUUGCUGCUCUUACCAAGGACAACAAGAUCUUCACCUGGGGUGUCAACGACCAGGGCGCUCUCGGACGCGACACCACGUGGGAUGGUGGGCUCAGAGAUGUUGAGGAUGAGGACGAUGACAGUGAUGACGAGGACGACACUGGCAUGAACCCCAAGGAGAGCACUCCUGCCGAGAUUGACACGAGCGGCCUCCCCGAGGGUAUUGAGUGGGUUCAGGUUGUUGCCAGCGACAGCGCGACUUUUGCGCUCACCACCACUGGCCAGGUCUAUGGAUGGGGUACAUUCAGGAGCAACGAGGGUGUACUGGGCUUCAGUCGUAGUGUUGGCAUUCAGAGGACCCCAGCCCACGUCCCCGAGCUGUCCAAGAUCAAGCAGCUUGCUGCCGGUCUCAACCACAUCCUCGCCCUCGACGAGAAGAAUAAGAUCUACGCCUGGGGCGCCGGCCAACAAGCCCAGCUUGCUCGCCGUCUCCUCGAGCGCGACGACACCGCUGCCCUCUACCCUGCCGGCGUUGGUUCUCUCCCCGGCCGCGCCAAGGCCGUCAAGCUUGCCUGCGGUUCUUACCACUGCUUCGUCAUUGACACCAAGGGCCGUGUCAUCAGCUGGGGUCUCAACAACUACGCCGAGUGCGGCCACGAGGACUCUGUCGGCGUCGACGGCGGCUACGUCAUGCGUCCCCAGAUUGUCGAGUCGCUCAGCGGUUACGAGAUUGCCGACAUUGCCGGCGGUGAGCACCACUCUUUGGCAUGCACCACCGAUGGCAAGCUCCUCACCUGGGGCCGGAUUGAUGGCCACCAGGUCGGUCAGCCAACCGGUUCGUUCACCGAGGACAAUACUAUUUAUGACGACCGCCAAAAGCCAAGAAUCCUCGUCGUCCCUACCGAAAUCCCCGAGGUCAAGGAUGUUGUCCAGGUCGCCGCUGGCACCGACCACAGCUUUGCUGUCACCAAGGAUGGCAAGGUUUACAGCUGGGGUUUCUCGGCCAACUACCAGACUGGCCAGGGGACUACGGAUGAUAUCGAGUCGCCAACACUUAUUGACAACACCGCCAUCAGGGACAGGAAGAUCGUCUUUGCUGGUGCGGGCGGGCAGUACGGUAUUGUUGCUGCCGAGAAGGAGGAGGCUCAGAAUUAG